AUGUGGUUCCACCUGAGAGUGAUAGAGGCCGGCUUCAGUUCGGCAACCCUGCUCAUUUUCCCGACGUGGUAUCGCCGACACGAACAGUCAAAGAGCUUCAUGGUCUUUCUCAGUGCUAGUAUCUUGUCCGGUGUUUUUGGCGGAAUAGUUACGGGGUUCAUCAAUAAUUCUCUCAAUGGUCCUCAUGGUAUUGCUGGAUGGCGAUGGCUCUUCACUGAUGAAGGGAUCGCGAUUAUGGGCGCAGCAUUUAUCGCCCCAUUCUUUCUUUUCGACUAUCCAUCGAACACGAAACGGUUAACAGCACGCCAACGGGAGCUCGCGGUCGCUCGUCUGCAAGCUGACGGUAUCACGAGCUCCGGCGAGCAUGGAGAGCCGGCAGAAUUAUCGCGCCGGAAAACGAUUCUCCACGCGAUCGAUAAUUAG